AUAGUUAUUAAUUUAUUACGAUCUUAACAGAAAAAAAGAAGAGAAAAUCAAAAUCACAAUUGUGAUUCUAUUUAAAACCGUGGGGAAACAUCAUUAGGCCAAGCAGCCCAAAACCUCACGUUACGAUAAUGAUCUACUACAGUAAUAUUUUCAUCCUAAUUGAUUUGAUUUUGGUUUGGACGUUACGGCUAUUGAGCUAAAUAUGGGCUUAAUGAUUUGAUAGUUUAAUUACUAAAAUAGAUGUUCAAUUUUUUUCUGACAAUAUGAGCUAAAUACUUGCUUACAUAUUUUGAUAGUAGGAUAUGCUUUCAAGGUGUACAGUUACUUACAAAAGCACAUGAAGUAAGUUGUCUGAUAUAGUAUUGAGUUAGAGUUGAAAGAAGAAUUUAAUUGAUAAAAAUGUUUAUUUCCAAAACUAAAUAAAAGAAGCUGGGGGGUCUUCUGCGAAAGUUGGAAAACAUAGGGGUGUAAACACACAAUAUAAGUAAGUCAAUUAAUCGCGUAUAAAAGCCUUCCUGUUUUAAAGCUCGAAUCGAUCAGAGUUUAGACGAAAUCGGAGACGAUGAGUGAGAUUGCGAACUUGGUUCCAAAGCCGCAGCAGCGUAAACGGAAAUUGGAAUCUUCACGAAGCUCAGGAGCUGCUCAAAUACAGCGGGUUCGAUGUUGAUUACUUCUAUAUUCCUUAUGGAGGUGAACUAAUCCCUCACAUAGUGGAAGACAAGUAUGAUUAUCCAUACGACGUUGGCUUGUUUAGUAGACUUGGACUUCACUGUUACAAUCUUGAGAAGGGAACCAGCCUCAGAUUGGCUGCUAUAAACAAAUACAACGAUGAGCUGAGGUUUACUCGGUGCCUCUAUUACUACAUAACGUCGGAGGCCAUUGACACAUCCACCAACUCUCUUUGCGAUUUUCAGACGUGUGUUUUCAAAGAUUUCCUUCCGGAACAUGCGUCCUUUGUCGCACAGACCGAAAUCUCCAGACUAAAAGUUCCUAGUGGCCCUUGAACUACGUUUUCUGGGCCGGGGAGAAGAUGGAAGGAGGAAGGAGUAGACGAUUUUUACAAAGGUAAAAUGCCCAAGUGGUUGACCAAUGAUGAGAUGGCUGCAAUCAGCGAUAAGGGGCAGUUUUAUGAGUUGCAAGAAUCAGACUUGCAAGGAAAUGAGUGGCUUCAUAUGUAUGCUGAGUUUGCUUUCUACUCUACGUGGAUGGCACAUGAGAGUAACCUGAGGCCAUUUCUACCAUUGGAAAUCAAGAAGGUAAUAAUACAAACUAAGGAAGAGUCGCAGCCAUGCAUGAAGCUCAAGGCCAACAAUGCGAUAUUCUACAUUGUCUUCAAAGGCAAUGGUGAUCCCAGUGGUGCUCCCGUGGAGUACCAAGCGGUUGUAAGAAAGACCAUGGAUGGGAGUCCUGGACAUAUUUGCUUAGAAGUCGACUGCUUGGCCUACAAGUCCAGUUGAAAGAAAAUUUUCUUCUGAGGCUAAUAAAAUUUGAUGUGUUAUCUUUUAGUUUUAUCAAAACUGAAUAAUUAGUAGUAGUGAUACUAUUGUGUGUCAAAUUCAGAGAGACCAAUCAAAUGGCAAUUUUUUUCUAAAA